GUGUCAUUAAAGUAACAUAAUAAAUUGUGCCGGCAAGACGUUUUGUUAUCAUUUCACGUCCUUCGGAAAAUUUCAAAAGUUUUCUAUUAAUGUAUCGUUUUCUGUAGACCAGUUCAAUUCGUAAUUACUACCGAAAAUGCCACUAAAAUGGGGAAUAGCUUCUGCGGGAAAAAUCUCCCACGAUUUCGUUAAUGCUGUAGGCACCCUUUCCGACAACGACCACAACGUAGUUGCUGUUGGCGCUCGUGACCUAAAUCGAGCCAGAGAAUUCGCUGAACUGCAUAACAUCGACAAAUACUACAGCAGCUACGAGGAGCUGGCUAACGAUUCGAAUGUCGACGUUGUGUAUAUUGGCGUUUUGAAUCCGCAACAUUAUUCAGUGGCUAUGCUGAUGUUAGAAAAUGGCAAGCAUGUACUCUGCGAAAAACCCCUGUGCAUGAACGAGAAGGAGGUGAAGAAAUUGGUUGCGUAUGCGGAACGGAAAAAGUUGUUUCUAAUGGAGGCAAUUUGGUCCAGAUUCUUCCCGUCAUAUCAGUACUUGCGAAAGCAAAUCAACAACGGGAUGUUGGGUGAAAUUCAAGAAGUUCACUGUUCGUUUGGAUUUCCUUUGGAUGACGUUGAUCGUUUAGCCAAAAAGGAGCUCGGUGGCGGGACGAUUUUGGAUUUGGGCGUUUACACUAUUCAAAUUUGCCAAUGGGUUUUCCAACAACCGCCGAAAAAGAUAGAAGCUACUGGCACACUUAAUUCUGAUGGGGUCGACAUGACCAUGAAAGCAACAUUGACCUAUUCGGACAAUUCUUUUGCUUCAAUCGAAACGAGCGCAACAACCAAAUUGGUUAAUGAGGCUGUAAUUAAGGGAACCAAAGGCACUAUAACUCUACCAGACUUUUGGAGUCCCCCAAUUCUCGUUGACAUUGAUGGUGUAAAGAAGACGUGGCCUUUGCCGGAAGGAAAACAUAAAUACAAUUUUGUGAACAGCAGUGGCUUGCGAUAUGAGGCAGAGGAAGUGCGACAAUGCAUCCAGAAUGGAUUGAUUCAGAGUUCAAUUGUGUCGCAUAACGAAAGUUUAAUUAUUGCCAAUAUUGAAGAUGAAAUUCGCAAACAGAUCGGAGUCGUGUAUUCGGCCGAUGCAUAAAAAAAAAUUGAAAAUAUGUUAAUUUUUUGUUCGUGUCAUGACAUGUUGACAACGUCAAUAUAUUUUUGUAAGUGAGAA